AUGGAUUCCUCCAUGGCGUCCUCCAAAGAUGCAGAAGUCAACGCUCUGAUCGAGGACCUGGAGACAAGAAAAUUCUUCUAUGAUGAAGACAUGGCCCAUCAAAUCGACCCCGAGCAGCUUGCCAAGGACGCCGAAGCCAUCAAGCACCUCGAAGAGAAGGUCAAACAACUUCUGGGCGAUGAUAGCCCCGCCGCUGAACUCGGCUCGCAUAUUCCACCCGUGACCCCUCUUCGGCAUCCCCAGGCUGCUAUGUCAUCGCGUACCGUCCCAACCGUACUGUCGGAAGCCGGUACCCCUACUCACCCAGACGCCUCUGCAAGCAAUGGAUAUCGUGUUUCGAGCCAUGUCUCGUCUGCUGAGUCCCUUUUCCCCUCCCAUGCACCUUCACCCUUGCCAAAUCAAGCUGGCCGGAUUUCUGGACAAUUGUCAACAUUACCAGUUGGAUCUCGCAAGCGGCCUCGUGACGAUUCCGUCACAUCGCCUGCCCCCCAAAAGAGGCAGAAUAUGAUCGAACAAUCCAAGGCACGGAUGGACGAGCUCUCCAAUCAACUUGAUACUAAGCUGGUCGAGAUUAAAAGAUUGUAUGAAGCAAAGAAAGCCAAUACCGAAGACCUCCAGCUUAGAGCUACAGCAGACGGCAAGACCUUGGAUGAGGUCCUCCGAGAGCUUGACAUCGAGCAACAAGAAGAUGAAGACCAUCUAAUUAGAGAAAUCAACCUGGAGCGAGAUGGAGCAAUGGCUCGAAAGUUGCAAGCGGAGGAUUUUCUCGAGGACGAUCAGCCAACAGAUUCGACGCACCCGCCGACGGCAACCACUCUGCCCUUUCGAGACCAAAUCUCUCUCGGCCGACCGGACCCUUACUAUGCCCGUGGAUUCCAGCCGGCAUCCUCUAUCUCGAUGGGAUAUGACAACCCCUUUGCCCCAGGACCUUCAAGCGGGGCCUUGCCGGGUCGUCAGUACGUCCUGGAUCGUUCACCGUUUUCAAGUCUACGGCUUGACGAUGACAUCCAGGAAGUGACAGGUGACUAUUUCCAUUCCAGAUUUGGUGGGAGGAGCCAGGGAAUGAGCGCCCAUCCACUUCUACCUCCAAUGCCGCAGUUCCCUUUUCACUUUGGCAGGGGCCCGAUCGAUGUCGCAAUGACCAGCUUGGACGAGACAAAGAUCGAUAUGGAGGACGACGAGAUCGAUGGCUACGACGAACGAGAAUUUCCCAAGGAUAUCAGGAAUCUCAUUCAUGGCAUCAAAGACAUCCGUGAUGCCACGAAUGCGGCCACGGAUGAGACCCCGGAUGCCCUCAAAGUGACUUUGAUGAAGCACCAGAAAAUUGGCCUCAGAUGGAUGAAAGCCAAGGAAGAGAGCAACCAAAGGGGUGGUAUCUUGGCGGAUGACAUGGGCCUUGGAAAGACUAUCCAGGCUAUCGCUCUCAUGACCGCUCGGCCACCGACCGAGUCUGACCGACAUCCGUGUCUUAUUGUUGCCCCAAAAGCCCUCAUGGAGCAAUGGAGACUUGAAAUCCUUCGGCAUGUCAAACCGGGGAAGCAAAAGCUAUCGGUCCUUAUCUUCCAUGACAAGACACGUCGUACCCCCUGGAGAGAUUUAUGUAAAAAAGAUAUUAUCAUCACUACCUAUGGUACCUUGACCGCCAAUCACAAGUAUUUGGUCAAAGCCGAAGAAAUGGAAAAGGAGGGCAAGGAUCCGGAAAUCGCAAAAAUGUACCGUGACCAGGCGUUACUCUUUACUCCCCGGAGCAAGUUUCACCGGAUCAUCAUCGAUGAGGCCCAGAACAUCAAAAACCCGUUGGCGAAGAGCAACAAGGCUUGCUGUGCUAUUGAUGCUACCCAUCGAUGGUGUUUAACCGGCACACCAAUGAUGAACAAGCUGGAUGACCUCCAAGCUCUGCUCAGGUUUCUAAGAAUUCGACCCUACAACAUGAAGGACAGGUUCAAAAGAGACUUCCCUGUUCGCCCUGGCGGUAUGGUAGAAGAGAAGACCAUGAAACAGCUACGUGUGCUGGUCAAAUCCGUUUGUCUGAGACGCACUAAAACAUCUCAGAUUGACGGCCAACCCAUUCUACAGUUGCCGCCGAAGGUUAUCGAAAAGGUUCAUGUCGUGUUCAGCGAAAAAGAAAAGGCGGUUUACAGUGAGCUGGAUGCCAAAACACAGAGACAAAUCACCAGAUACCUUGAUGCGGGAACACUCGGCAAGAACUACGGCCACGUUCUUGUCCUCCUUCUUCGGCUACGCCAGGCCUGCUGCCAUCCUCAUCUACUUGAGGGGUUCAACGACGAAAACUUGGCCACUGUGGCCGGUGUUGAUCUGGUUGCCAAUGCGAAGCUGUUGGAUCGUGCCGCUAUCACAAGAAUGACUGCCAAUUUGAAGGCGGGUGAUGGAGAGCUCGAAGCCUGUGAGAUUUGCAUGGACAGCGCUGGAAAUUCAGUUAUCUACAUCCCCUGUGCGCAUUAUGCGUGCUCUGAGUGCUAUGCCCGCAUCUCCGACCCUGCUGUCCUUGCCCGAGAGAGCACUACGGGAUUCGUCAAAUGCCAGUCCUGCCGUGGACAGGUAGACCCUAACAAGGUCACCGACCUCAAUUCCUUCAAGAAGGCACAUUAUCCGGGUUCACAAGCUGAAUAUGAGGCAAGCAAGCAAGAUAUGCAUUCGGAUAGCGACAGCGAUAGUAGCAACGAGUCCGACAAUCCUGAUAGUCCCGAAUCAAAGGAAGCCCGGAAGAAGUCUCUUGCUGAACUGCGCAAGGCUGGGCUGAGGAACAGCAAGGCAAAGCGCAGGUACCUUGACCGACUUGAGAACGAAUGGAUUCCUAGUUCCAAGAUUGAAAAGACCCUCGAGAUUCUGCAGGCCAAUGAAGACAGGGGUAAGCAGGAGAAGACGAUCGUUUUCAGUCAGUUCACCUCCUUGCUCGAUCUCAUGGAGGUGCCCCUCAGGCGUCGUGGUUGGCAGUUCGUCCGGUUCGACGGUACUAUGAAUGUUGACGACCGUAAUGCAUCUGUCGCUGCAUUCACCGAUGACCCAGAAAUUAAGGUCAUGCUUGUCUCCCUCAAGGCUGGAAAUUCUGGUCUCAACCUCGUCGCUGCAUCGCACGUGAUCAUCUUCGACCCAUUCUGGAACCCCUAUGUCGAAGACCAAGCCAUUGACCGAGCCCAUCGGAUUGGUCAAACCAGAGAUGUAUUCGUGCACCGCUUGUUGGUUGAGGAGACGGUCGAGGAUCGGAUCAUCGAGCUCCAGGACCAGAAGCGUGAGCUGAUCAGUGGUGCCCUUGACGAGGGGGGUUCUAUGAAUGUUUCCCGGCUCAGCGCCGAGGACUUGGCUUUCCUUUUCGGUAUUCAACACGCCUGA